GGCAGGAGCUCAAGGAACGUCAGUGCCACAUGAGCAGUGCCACCACCCCCUGCGUCACUGUCCCCACACGGGCACAGCCUCCACGCAAGGGGACGUGGCUCUCACUGGCUCAGUCGGGAAUUCUCUCCUCCCAGCCCAUCCUGGAGUGGUUCCUCUCUGCAUUCCUGCUCUCCAGCAGCUUUUCCUGACCAUCUUCACAGCUUUGGAACCCCCUGGGAACUCAGGUGCCUUCCCAGCUGCCAUCCAACCCCAGUGCUGUCCUGGAGAUCCUCCAGUCCCAAAACAAGGCACCAUCCACACCCUGAGGAGAAGUUCAGCUGGAAGCCACAAGGGACAGAACCCAAAGCACCAGGGCCAUUGCUCCAGCACAGUGAGUCAUGGAUGCAAAUCCCAAGGGAAUCUUUUGGGAAGGACAAUGACUGAAGAGUGUCCUGGUUUUAGUGAUCCCAAGUCAAAGGAAGGUCACAAGGGGACAAUAAUCAACCAUCCAGGCAUGUCCUGUCAAACGGGCUGGCGAGCAGCGGGGUGGCGUGGAACGAGAGCCAGCACUGCCGGCUGCUGCUGCCGGAGCAGCUCCAGCUGUGCCGCCGGCAUCUGGAGCUGAUGCCCAGCAUCGCCCGGGCCGCCCGCCGGACGCAGCAGCUGUGCCAGCAGAGCUUUGCGGACAUGCGGUGGAACUGCUCCUCCAUCCAGAGCGCCCCCAGCUUCGGCCCCGAGCUGCUCACAGGAACGCGGGAAGCCGCCUUCGUGCACGCCCUGGCCGCGGCGGCCGUGGCGCAGGGCAUCGCCCGCUCCUGCGCCUCCGGGGAGCUGCCGCUGUGCUCCUGCGGCCCCGGCCCCGCCGAGCCCCCCGCGCCCGGCUCCCGCUGGGGGGGCUGCGGCGAUAACCUGAGCCACGGGCUGCAGCUCGGAGCCGCCUUCACCGGGGGAUCCGCCCGAGCCGGUGCCGGCGGCGCGCCCGGGCUGCGGGCGGUGAACCGGCACAACGGAGCCGUGGGACGCGCGGUGCUCAGUGACUCCCUGGACACCAGGUGUAAAUGCCACGGGGUUUCAGGCUCCUGCUCAGUGAAGACCUGCUGGAAGGGGUUGCCAGACCUGGGUGAAAUUGCCUCUGACCUCAAAUCCAGGUACCUGGCAGCCCUCAAGGUGACCCAUCGGCUCGUGGGGCCCAGGAAGCAGCUGAUCCCCAAGGAAGGGGAUGCCAGGCCAGUGACAGAGAUGGAUCUGGUUUAUCUCAUCAACUCUCCUGACUACUGCACCCCAAACCCCCAGCUGGGCUCUCUGGGGACACAGGACAGGCCGUGCAACAGGAGCUCUGUGGGCAGCGGCAGCUGUGACCUGCUGUGCUGCGGCCGUGGCUACAACACCUACACGGAGGAGGUGCAGGAGCGCUGCCACUGCCGCUACCGCUGGUGCUGCUCCGUGGUGUGCAGGCGCUGCCGGCGCCGCCUGCAGAGACACGUCUGCAAGUGACGGGGACAGCCCGCCCUGCCGCGCCCCAGGCAAGGCUGCACACCGGAGCCCAUCCCAAGGGAUGCCCUCAGCAAGGAGGAGGCUUGGUGUCUCACGGGAAACCUCAGACUGAGAGAUUUUUGGGAAGCAAAAUCCCUUCCAACCCAGAGCUCAGGGCAGCACAAAGAGCUGCCCUCCUGCAGCUGGUCAGUGGCCAGCCCUUUGUGUCCAGCUGGGAAAAGCCAUUGAUCAUUCCAUUUCCCCACCCUGGGCUGCCAUUGUCCCUUUGCAGGAGGAUUCUGACAGCAGCCUGAAAGCCAGGAGGGAUGGAUGGAUGGAUGGAUGGAUGGAUGGAUGGAUGGAUGGAUGGAUGGAUGGAUGGAUGGAUAGAGUUAUCCACUGGGAGAAGGCUGCAGGGUAUUUAUAUAGAGAUGGUGCUGCUCUCCUUGAUGGCAGAGACACCAGGGACAGGAGAGGUCCUGAGGGCUUCCAAAACUGGGCAGCCUGGCAAACCCACCCCUGAUUGUGUGUUAACAACCCAACCAUGACAUUGCUGUAGCUUCUGUCCCCAUGUCAGAGGUGGGAGCCCACUCUAUACAUUAAAUUCUCAUGGCUUGUCCUUCCUGCCUCUCCUCCUGCCUCACUCUUUCCACCAGGUGUGUAGGAAUUCUGGCCUGGAGAGGGGACACAACUCCAGGGAUUUGGGAAAGCAAGAAAUAACCUUGUGUUUCUGUACUUCCUGUAAGUGGGAUUCUGGUGUGUGUUUUUAAAUAAAUGUUUUAACUCUCUGA